CCUCGCGCGGCUGCGCGGCGGAGAGCGGGGGGCGGUCCUCCGGGGCAGGCCGGGAAUCCAGGCGGGGUCGCCGCGUUCCGGGGCUAGGGAACGCGAGCUGCUGCAGCAUGGGACCGGUGCCGCGUACCCUGGAGCUCUUCUACGAUGUGCUGUCCCCCUAUUCCUGGUUCGGCUUCGAGGUCCUGUGCCGGUAUAAGAACAUCUGGAACAUCAACCUGCAGUUGCGCCCCACCCUCAUUGCCGGGAUCAUGAAAGACAGUGGAAACAAGCCGCCAGCUCUGCUUCCCCGCAAAGCCCAAUACCUGAGAAAUGAUAUUAGGCUCCUGAGACAGCAUGUCCAGGUUCCGAUGCAGUUCCCCAAGGAUUUCUUCUCUGUGAUCCUUGAAAAAGGAAGUUUAUCAGCCAUGAGAUUCCUCACCGCUGUGAACAUGGAGCACCCAGAGAUGCUGGAGAAAGUGUCCAGGGAACUGUGGAUGCGUGUCUGGUCACGGGAUGAAGACAUCUCAGAGCCCCAGAGCAUCCUGGCUGCUGCAGAGAAGGCUGGCAUGUCUACAGAACAAGCCCAGGUACUUCUGGAAGAGAUGUCAACACCAAAGGUGAAGAACAAGCUCAAGGAGACCACCGAGGCAGCCUGCAAAUAUGGGGCUUUUGGGCUGCCGGUCACCGUGGCCCAUCUGGAUGGCCAAACCCACAUGCUGUUUGGCUCUGAUCGCAUGGAGUUGCUGGCACACCUGCUGGGCCCUGCUCUGUAUGUACCAGCUGUGCAGUGAUCAGAAGACCUUGUGUUUCAGUAGUCUUUGGACUUCUUUGAGAAUACUCUUUAUUCAGAAGCUGAAACCACACUUGGACAUUUGUUGGGAAACAGGUAUGUGUCCUACGAUGGCUCAAUGGCUCCAGAGGCAUUAAGAGGGAUUCCUUGCCCCCACCCUCUGGCUCUUUCUCAUCUCAGAGCUCAUUUUUCCCUCUUAACCCCCAUCACUUGCUGAUUUCCUCUUCUCCCCUCUUCCAUUAUUCCAGCAUACUCCAGGAUUUCAAGUCAUCCUUACUAGGCUUAUCUGCUAACUAACACCAGAAGUACAUCUCCAAAUACGUGCUCCCUCUUUCAAGCAUUUCAUGGCAUGUACAGCUAAUAUAAAUUUAAAAUAUGGAAAAAUGUCCAAUAGUAAAAAACAUAAGGGGAAAUUAAAAUGUUACUUCUCAUAUAUUCAAGUUAUAUAUUCAAGCAUAUAGAAGUUCUCAUAUAGCUGAGAGCAUGGUGGUAGAGACAAAGUUUUAUGAAUAAACAUGCUUGUCCCAGUAUUUGUGAUAUCAAGUAACUUAAAUAUCUAACAAUAGGAGGAUGUUUGAAUAAGUUAUGGUACAUCUAGGAUGUAAUGUUUCAUAGCCAUCAAAAAUUAUGUGUGUUUUUUUAAAGAUUUAUUUAUUUGAGAGAGAGCGAGCAAGCACACAAGUGGGAGGGGCAGAGGGAGAGGCAAAGAAAGAAUCCCAAGCAGACUCCUCACGGAGUAGGGAGCCCAACAUGGGGCUUGAUCUCAUGACCCUGAGGUCAUGACCCAAGCCGAAAACCAAGGGUCAGACAUUCAACCAACUGCAUCACCCAGGCACCCCCCAAAAUUCUAUUUGUAAGGAAUUUCAACAUUGGAAAUUCUUAGAAUAUAAUAUUAGUUGGAAAAAAGGUGAAACUAUAUAGUAAGGUCUCAGUUAUGUCUUGAUGUAUAAAAACAUAUUACAGAGGACAAUAAUAUAUUAAUCCUGGAAUAAAAUAUGCCAGAAUGUUUCCGUUU